GCCGCGAUGUGGCUGCGUUCAACCUCUCCUUCAAGGCAUUUCAGCGGAGCCCACAAAGGUGGCCGGAGGCACUGCAGCUUCUGGGCUACAUGCGCCGGAGGAAACUGGAGAGCAAUAUCAUCAGCUAUGGCAUAGUGAUGAGUGUUUGUGAACGCGCAGAGCAGUGGCAAGUUGUCUUGCAACUGCUUUCAGAACUGGCAUCGGUGCGAUUGGAGAGCAACUUGAUCAUUCACAACACUGCAAUCAGUGCCUGCGCCAAAGGUCAGGAAUGGCUGAGUGCCUUGUGCCUCCUGGACUCUAUGCCAAACGACAUGGCACCUGAUAUUAUUUCCUACAACUCCAGCAUUUCUGCUUGUGAGAAAGGAGGAGAAUGGCAACAUGCACUGGCUUUGAUGGCGGACUUGGAGGACAGGCAACUGGAAGGGACGGUGGUCACUUUCGGAGCGGCGAUCAGUGCUUGUGAGAAAUGUACGCAAUGGCCGUUGGCUUUGCAUUUGCUGUCGAAGCUGGGUGGCUCCGCUCGGCCAAGCCUUGUGGCGCUGAGUGCCGCGAUCAGUUCGUUAGAGAAGGGCGGUCAAUGGAUGUUGGCCCUUGAACUUCUGGCGCAUGCUGAGGCACAAGAACUUUGUCCUGAUGUGGUCACCUAUGGAGCCAGCAUCAGCGCCUGCGAGAAGGGCUCCGUAUGGCGCCAGGCAGUGGGUCUCCUGGAGCGCUUGUGCGCUCGAGAUCUUCAGCAGAAUGUGUUGACCUACAAUGCUGCAAUCAGCGCAUGUGAAAAGUCUGGUGAAUGGCAACAAGUUUCAGAGCUGCUAUCCAGCCUCGACGUCGGUCGAAAACGCGACGUGGUGACGUUGAGCGGUGCCAUCAGCGCAACGGCGAAGGGUGCAGAGUGGCAGCGCGCCACGGAGCUGUUGAGCGCUUUCGAGGUGAUCACCUGCAGCGCGGCCAUCUCUGCCUGUGAGAAAGGAGAAGUUUGGCCCCGUGCGCAGCGUCUUCUGCAUGAGAUGGGACGCUAUCAGGUGGAGGCCAACGUGAUCUCCUUCAAUGCCGUCAUCACCGCCUGCGCCAAUGCGCAGAAGUCCAUGGCAGCGAUGAUGAAGAGAUAG